AUGAACUACCAAACACUUUCAUCUGCAACAUAUCCUAUGCUCAUCUCUGUUAUACCAAUAUAUAACCAUUUAAUAGAUGGACUUGAAACAUAUUGCGAUAAGUUUGAUGAUUCUAGUGAUAUAGUAAUUACUAUUAAAGCGAGCUUAAAAAAGCUAGAAAUAUAUUAUACAAAAACAGAUGAUACAAUUAUAUAUACAAUUGCUACUAUACUUGAUUCACGGUUAAAGCUAGAUUAUUAUAUUGAUAAUAAUUGGAAACAAAAAGUUGAUGAUAGUAAAGAUAAGAAUGAUGAUGAAUUUUUAGAUCAUAUUUUUGGUAAAUAG